GUUGAUCUCCAGCUGAUCUCCAGCUGAUCUCCAGUUGAUCUCCAGUUGAUCUCCAGCUGAUCUCCAGCUGAUCUCCAGCUGAUCUCCAGCUGAUCUCCAGUUGAUCUCCAGCUGAACUUCUCCAGGUGCUUCAGCAUCAACGUCAGGAUGGCGGCGGCAGCUGAACCAGGAGGACGUCCUGUGAAACGCUGCCGCAGCCUCGAGUUAUUGCCUCCAGACAUGUCUGAGCUGAGGGUUGUUCUGCUGGGGAGCAGCCGGAGUCAGAGGAACUCAGUGGAGAACUUCAUACUGGAACAGAGCGUCUUCAACACAGAACCUCUCAGCUGGACCAGAACCUCCAGCCAGUUUAGAAACAAACGUGUAACAGUCAUCAACACUCCAGACCUGUUGAGUCCUACAGAGGACAAACUGAACGAGUUUCUGAAACACUGUGCAGGAGUCUCUGAUCCUGGACCUCAUGUGUUCGUGUUGGUCCUAAAACCUGAAGACUUCAAUGAGGAACACAAAGAGACGCUCUGCAGAAUCCUUGAAACUUACAACAAUCAGUCAUUUGAUCAAUGCCUGAUACUGAUUAAACCCAGAGAGGAGAGCUCAGGCUUGAGGGAAAGCCACAUGGAAAAUCCAACAUUGAAAGAGAUGAUCAGAAAAUGCAGAUACCGACACCUGAAGAUGAGGGACAUCGACCGUUCAGAGCUGCUAACACGUUUGGGUCAAGUUGUAAAAGAGAACAACGGCGAACAUGUGACCUAUGGAGUAUUUGAAGAAACAACUUCACCAGGUGAGGACUCGGGACAAAACACCUGGACAGAUCAACUCGAAGGUGUUGGUGGAGGAAUGUUGAAUCCAAUGUCACUACUUCGGAAAAACUCUCCAUCUGAACCAAACAAACAAACCUCCACGACUGAAGAGCAACAAAUGAAACCAGUUUUAAACCUGGUUCUGUUUGGGAGACAAGGAGCAGGGAAAACCUCGGCAGCCAAGGCCAUUUUAGGUCGGAGAGACCUUCGUUCAGUCUCCAACUCACCAGAGUGUGUCCAGAAUCGAGGAAAGGUGUUUGGACGUCAGGUUUCGCUGGUGGAGCUGCCUGCCUUGGGUGGAAAACCUCCAGAGGAAGUGAUGGAGGAAUCAUUCAAGUGUGUCUCCCUCUGUGAACCUGAGGGCGUCCACGCCUUCGUCCUGGUCCUACCUGUGGGUCCACUCACCGAUGAGGACAAGAGGGAGCUGCAGACCAUCCAGAACACCUUCAGCUCUCGAGUCAAUGACUUCACCAUGAUUCUGUUCACCGUGGAGUCAGAUCCCACCCAUCCAGAUGUUGUUAACUUUGUAGAAAAGAGCAAAGACAUCCAGGAGCUCCGUCACAGCUGUGGAGGGAGAUCUCUCAUCUUCAACAUUAAGAGUAAUCAGCAGGUCCCAGAGCUGCUGGAUGCUGUUGAAAAGAUAAACCAACUCAAAAACAGUUACUCAGCAGAAACAUUCACGAAGGCCCAAAUAGAAAGAGUCGUACAAGAAGAGAGAGAAAACACUGCACUGAGAGCUGAAGUAAAGAAGCUGAAAGAAGCACAGAUGUAUGAUGAAGAGCAGCAGAUCUCAGACUUUCUCAGGAUCGUUCUGAUUGGGAAGACCGGCUGUGGAAAAAGCUCCACAGGAAACACCAUUUUAGGAAGAAAAGCGUUUAAAGCUGAAUUAAAGCAAACUUCAGUCACCAAACGCUGUCAGAGAGAAGAUGGUGAAGUGGACGGUCGUGCUGUUGCUCUGGUCGACACUCCGGGUCUGUUUGACUCGACUCUGUCUCAUGACGAGGUCACCGAGGAAAUGCUGAAGUGCAUCAGUCUUGUGUCUCCAGGACCCCACGUCUUCCUGGUGGUGAUGCAGAUCGGCAGAUUAACCCCCGAGGAGAAGGAGACACUCAAACUCCUCAGGGAAGCUUUUGGGAAGAAUGCAGAACAGUUCACCAUCAUCCUUUUUACAAAUGGUGACGCAUUAGAACGUGAAGAAAAAUCCAUUGAAGAUUACAUCAGAGAGGGCAAUGACUCGUUUCAGAAGCUGAUCGAUGACUGUGGAGGAAGGUUCCACGUGUUCAAUAACUACGAUAAAAACAAUCGUCAACAGGUCAGAGAUCUGAUAAGAAACAUUGAUGAAAUGUUGAAGAGAAACAAAGGCAACUGCUACACCAAUGAAACACUGCAAGAAGCUGAAGCAGCGAUAAAGAAGGAGAUGGAGAGAAUCCUGCAGGAAAAGGUGGAAGAAAUACAGAGAGAAAAGGAGGAACUCACACGAAAACAUGAAGAAGAAAUGCAGGAAAUUAAAAGAAAAAUGGAAGAAGAGAGAGAAAAACUACAACAGGAAACUGAGCUGAAACUCAAAGAAAUGAAGGAAAAUAUAAAGAAAGAGCUUGAAGAGAAAAAGAGGGAACAGAAAGAGAGGGAAGAGGAGAGGAGGAAAAGGGAACGUAGUGACGAAGAACAUCGCCAGAGUUUGAAAAGACAGCUUGAAAAAUUGGACAAACAAAUUCAGUCAGAAAAAGAGGAAAAGAAAGGCGUUAGCAGAGAGUUGGAACAGACCCGAGAAAAGAGUAGAAAGGAUAAGGAGGAUUUUGAGAAAGAACGUAAAGAAUGGUGGGAAAAACAAAAGAAAGAAGAUGAAGAGAGACAACAGAAGGAGCAGAAACGACUGGAAGAACUCGAGGAAAAAUACAAGAAGGAAAAAGAAAUGUAUCAAAAGAAAAUGGAGGAAAACUUCAUACACGAAAAGGUGUGGAACGCUGCAGCACAAAUGGCAGCAGGAGCAGGAGCAGCAGCAGCAGGAGUGGGAUUAGUAGCAGCAGCAGCAGGAGGAGCAGCAGUAGUAGGAGGAGCAGCAGCAGCAGCAGGAGGAGCAGUAGUAGCAGCAUCAGCAGCAGUAAGAGGAGUAGUAGCAGCAUCAGCAAGAGGAGCAAAAUCAGUGAAAGCAGUUGAGCGACGUCAGGCAUUAAAAACUAAGUCAAAGUAACUUGCAUGUCAAUCCAUGAUUCUUAUUUCAUAAAGUUUGGUCAAAUCCACAUGACCUUCAGAAAUGAAGGUGCCAGUUCAGACAAGAUAAUCAAUAAUGUUUUUCUCUUCAACUGACGAGGAGCAUGAUGUUUAUGUCAAAGAAAUCAAAUCAUAUGAUGUAAACAGGAAUAUGAUUGAGGCUGAUCAGAUGAAUCAAUAAUAAAAUUCAUACAUUU